AUGAAGGCCGGGUUGAUCUUCACUCUUGCCACCGUAUUGGCUGGCACCAAUGCUAGUCCUGGCGACAAGCUGCCAAUAUCGGCAUCGAGCGACAUCCAAGUUGCUCAGGAGCAGCUGAAGAUCUUGAUCUCCCAUGCCAAAUACAUUGUCAAGUCAGCCAAGAAGUCUUUCAGUCCGACAUGCAAGCCCGGCAACGUGCAAAUCCGCAAGGAGUGGAGCACUCUUUCGCCGAGAGAACGUAUCGCUUAUACCGACGCCGUUCGUUGUCUCCAGAAGAAGACUGCCAAAUCGCCUGCCUCCUGGGCUCCCGGAGCAAAGACACGUUACGAUGACUGGGUUGCUACCCACAUCGACCAAACUCUUCAGAUCCAUUACACAGGCAACUUUUUGGGCUGGCACCGCUUCUUCCUCUGGGAGUACGAACAAGCACUUCGCAACGAGUGCGGCUACCAAGGCACACAACCCUACUGGAACUGGGGUCUUUCUGCCGAGACCGGCAUGGAACAGAAUCCUGUCUGGGACGGCAGCAAGACAAGCAUGAGCGGCAAUGGCGUCUACAUCAACCAGACCGGUCUCGAAGUCGUCCUAGGCGGCAAUGGUCUUCCAGAGAUCUACCUCCCUGUCGGUAGUGGAGGCGGCUGUGUUGAAUCUGGCCCCUUUGUCAACAUGACUGUAAACCUCGGUCCCGCUUCUUUGACUGUGCCUGGCAACAUUACCGUUGUCAGUCCCAAUGGUCCUCUGUCUUACAACCCUCGCUGCUUGAAGCGCGACCUCACAGAUGAGCUCAACACACGAUUCGCAAACUUCACCGCCAUCGUCGAUAACAUUCUUGCACCAAAGUCUGUCUACGACUUUCAGAUGCAGAUGCAGGGUGUUCCCGGCAGCGGCAUCAUUGGCGUCCACGGUGGUGGCCACUACUCCAUGGGCGGCGAUCCAGGUCGCGAUGUGUUCACUUCUCCAGGCGAUCCGGCCUUCUACCUCCACCACGGCAUGAUAGAUCUUGUUUGGACAGCAUGGCAGAUGUUGGACCCCGAGAACAGAGUCUACGGCAAAGAUGCUAUUGCUGGCACAAACACUUUCUUGAACCAACCGCCUAGUGCAAACACGACCUUGAACACGGAGAUAAGUAUUGGGUGGGCUGGCAGAGGUGUCAAUGUCGCCAUGAAGGAUGUUAUGAGUACGGUUGCUGGACCGUUCUGUUAUGUAUAUGCUUGA